AUGGCACCAACACACCAACAGCUCUGCCAUUCGAGACUUCAAGGGCGAGGGUGGUCGGUCCCCAGGGACAACGAGGGGACCUCCCUAUUACCAAUCUCCCGGAGCAUACCGGAGAGCGACCCUACGUGUGUGCCCUCUGCAGAGAUUCCUUUACACGAAGUGAUGUUCUCAAACGUCAUUUCCAGAAGUGCUCCCUGCGACGAGGCAACCCAACCGGGGCCAGGCACUUAUCCCACCCACAGGCCCGCAGGCCUAGGGUGGAUCAAGGUCGAUGCCGCCACGAAGGAGGUGCAAAUACUGAGGCGGGAGGUGGAGUUGUUGAAUCAAAAUCUUUUAGAAACUACGGUUCUCAAUAAUGAUUUCAAAAUUCAGAAUGAGAAUCUACGGGGGGUGAAUCAGCAGACUCUCCUCAGGGCACUUUUUCGGUCUGGGCCCUUCGUGCAGAUAGCUACAGCAAGUGCUACGCGCCGUAUGUAUGGCAAGGAAUCUAACUAUAUCUGGACAAUUCUGGAAACCCACCUGGUGAUCUAUAAGAGCGACGGAGCGUCCCCCGAUUUACCAAAGUCGAAUGCUGUCCAUCAGACAUCAGAUAUGGGGCCUCUUCCACCGUCCUUCACCGCAGCGACUGCAAUUAUUGUAGUCUACUUUCCCACACUAUCCAGCCCCGAGCCGGAAAGCGUGUGCUUGCCUAGGUUGGCCAGCCCAUUUUCCCCAGACCACGAGAACAAACAGCCUUCUACUCAAGCAAGUCCAAAUAAGAACGAGCAUUUUACUACACACCUAGUGUCCGAGAGCUCUCUCGAGCAAGCGACCCCAAUACCCAGCAAUAAGAUAAUGGAGUGGUUAGCUAAGGAUCCGGGCCUAGAGGUUGAGCUUUCCACCAUUACUACAUAUUUUUCUUUGUCCGGCAAGAGUUAUGGAGAUAUGGAGACGAUUAAAUGGCAACUUGUUCAAAAUCUUGUUGAUUACCCCCUAGAUGGAGUCCGCUCUUAUUUUCUAUUCCCGCCCGGCGAUAUAUCGACCAAUGAUAUCCCCAACAAGGUGGAAUGGAUUAUCCAUCAAAAUCAGGGCCUGGGAUAUAGUGGCGUAUGGCAGUACGAUGGAGAAAAAGCAGCGCUAUUGUUGCCAAGACAGGACAAUAUGCCACACGGCCUGUUUGUACUUCUAGCGUCCACAGUAUUACGAUGCCUGGAGAACAGCCCUAGCGUUAUGCUAUCCGAAAUACAAAGUGACGGGAUUCAUAUACUUGUUUUAGCAUAUACAGAGCCGGAGCCUGAUAAGGAUGCCAUACAAUUCGUAUGUAACCUAGCAUGCCCUUUUGUAUGGACAUCGCGUAUAGAAGAUCCCUCCCAACGUUCAGCGAAGUUGCGUGAAAUGUUAUACCAGGACCGCAUGCCUAUGCUAGACAAAUACAUGGGGCCAUUUUUCAACGGUAACCAGGGGAGAUACCUGGUUGAUCUAUAA